AUGACAACGAAGGGUGUGGCGGUUUCCACUGCGACUAACUGGAUCACUAAUUUCGCCAUUGUCGGAACUACGCCUCUUGGUAUUCAAAGUAUCGGAUGGAAAUUCUGGAUCGUGUGGACAAUCCUCAAUGCGGUCUUCCUGCCAAUUAUUUACUUUCUAUACCCAAAAACGGCGAAUCGAACUCUGGAAGAGAUGGAUGCGUACUACCGCUCCAACCCACCGCUCAUCGUUACCGGCGACGCAGAUGUCAUUUCGACCAAAAGACCGCUUCACUUCGUCUAUCACGAAGACGAGGAAGUUCAGAAAAAUGCAAAGGAGGCUAUCUAUGGGGAUGCAGGGUAA